ACAAUGCCAAACCGCCCCGCGACGGUGAGGCUCGUGCAGCUCAAUGAAAAAAGCACAGAAACUUCAGACUCUUUAAAAAGCUGAGUGGUUAAUUUGCAGACAAGUUGCUUUAAAACUGGAAAUGUAGUUUUAUUUCUUUUUCUUCAUUUGUUAGAAAGGCAAAGCUUGUCAUGUUCGAACAUCCAACAUGUCAGACGAGGAAAGCGUACCUUCUUUUCUAGAAGACGUCCGAGUGAAGUUCGUCGAGAACAAAGUCUGUGGGUUAUUGACGCUGGAGAGUCAAACCUGGAGGACCAGCGCUGUCGGGGAAGAUUUCCAAAAGCUUCUGGAGGACUUCUUUGAGACGGAAGCAGUUGUUUAUUUUUCCUCACCGAAUAAAGUUGUCCUGGUUGCCUCCAAAGAGGUCCCGCCCGAUGCUCAAAAUAAAGUACUUUAUAUUCUUAAAAAGAGGAAAGAUGUUCCCAUCAGCUGCGAGAACUACAGGACAACGCUGCUGUUUGGCCUCCUGUCACUACCACCGCUACCACAGCUGUCACGCGUAAUUGAGCAGGUGUGCGCUCCACUUCUAACACAUGAUCAAAACCAUCACACGUGGCCAAAUGUGAUCCGUAAUGACGUUGCUCGACACAUCGAGAGCAUCUGCAGUAAGACAUCAGUUGUACAAGGUCAGAUUUUAGGGGAAACUGUCCUCCCAAUGCCAACUGCAGCAUCAUGGAAGGAAAAGGCACACGACCACUUCAGAAUGCAUAACAACAAGGACAGGGCACUGGCCCACUGCAUAGAGACCCAGGUCAUCAACUGGUCUCAUCUGAUCCAGAAAAAAUUAAAGGAGGACUCGGCAGACUUUAUGAAGACGGGCUGUAAGCCCGGCCCCAGUGCUGAGCUGAAGUUCUGGGCUUCUAGAAGGAGCAAUUUGGAGAGCAUUUGCCAUCAGCUUCACAGUCCUGUGGUGGAAAUGAUGGAAAGUAUGUUAGAGGUAAUGGACAGCAGCUAUCACCCAACCAUCAAAAUUCUGAUUGGAAAUGUGUCUAACGCGCUCAUAGAAGCCCAAGACAUCGACCUCUAUCUCCAGCCGCUAAACGAACAACUGUCUCAGCUGGAAAACAAAGGAUUUGUUCACAUGGAAAAAUACAUCCCUGCAUUGUUUCACACAGCAUUUUUGAUCUGGACUAACUGCCAGUAUUAUCAAAAACCAGCUCGCAUUGUUGUGCUGUUACAGGAACUCUGCAAUCUGCUCAUUGAGCAGGCGUCUGCAUACCUCUCUGCAGAUCUGCUACUCAGACAUGAUCCAGAAGAAAGUUUACAAAUGGUAAAGAGGGUAAUAAAAGCACUGAGUGUUUUCAAACAGUGUUACCAGACUCAGAAGGAGAGGCUAGCCAACCAAGACAAAAGCGCUCCCUGGGAUUUCCCAGCUGCCAUGAUUUUUUCACAUUUCAGCCAGUUCUUUAGGCGCAUGCUACAGCUGGAGAACUUGCUGGAACUUGUGCUGGAUUUUCAAAGAAUGGAAAAACUGGAAUUUGGAGGAAUCCAAGGAAGGCACUACAGUGAGCUUGUUGCCAAAAUGCAUGAAGAGUUCAAUUACCACUACAGUGCAUUAAAGCACAGUGAAAACAACCCGCUCGACAUCACCUCUCAGGGUUUUGAGCAGGAGUUUAAGGCUUUUGAAAUGAAGGGUUCAGACUUAGAAGGUCGCUUUGCCAGCCUGCUUUGUUUGGCUUUCAAAGAUUGCACAGGACUGGAAUCCGCUAUAAAAAUGUUAACGGUGGUUGCACCGUUUCUGAAGAGAAAACGAGUGGGGCAGAUUUUCAGUCCCAGCUUCCUUCUGCUACAGCAGCUGCUCAGAGAAGACCUGGAGAAUUGUAAAUGUCUGUUUAAAUCUCAGCUGAAUCAGACGAAGAGCUAUCUAAUCAGGAGCAUGGCGCACACAUCUGGAGCCUUGAAAUGGGCAAAAAUGCUGAGAGAACACAUCCAGACACCCUGGGACAAACUAAAGUUACUGUUUGACAUGCCCGUUACAGGUGUAGAGAUGGAGAGUGAGCACAGCAUGUGCAUGGAGAUGUUGAGUCUUCUGGACCAGUAUGAGGAGGACAUUUACUCUGAGUGGUGUAAAGGUUUAGAGCAGGACUGCCUAAUCAAUCUGAGCCAGCCUCUCAUUUCAAGAAGCUCCUCUUCUGGCCUGAUUUCAGUGAAUUUCAAUCCAAAGCUGACUGAGAUCUUGAAAGAUGUGAAGUACAUCCACACACACAGCCAGCUCAGCAUCCCCUCAGCUGCAGUUGCUGUUUUUGAGAAGCGUGACAUGUUCACCAAGUAUGUGAGCAGUUUGCAGCUUUUGGCUCAGGGGUACAACAAGAUAAAGCAGACCGUGUUGGAGGUGGAACGUCCUCUGAUCCAAACCGAGCUGGAGUCCGUAGACCUGCUGCUGGUGAAGGCAGAGACCACCCUUACAUGGCAGGAUCAGGACUGCUGGGGCUUCAUCACAACCACAAAGGACCUAAUCCAAGACCUAGCUCAUCGAGUCAGCAAAGCCAGGGAAAACUACGAUGCCAUUCAGUCCACGAUGAAGGCAUGGAGCAAAAAGGCCAUGUUCUGCAGAAAGGACAACAAGAAAGGCUCACUCAUACAGCUGGAUGACAGAACGGAGCAUGUCAGGAGGACAUACAGCUUAAUGAAGAGUGAUGGGGAGGCGAUACAGCAGCUGGUGCAGGAAAACAUGAUCCUUUUCCAUGCCGAUCCUGCUGCAGUCGUCUGGCAGACUUACCUGGAGUAUGUGGAUGAGGUGGUGGUGGAGGGGCUCUUCAGCUACAUCAGCCACUCCCUUCAGUUCUUCAUAGACAACAUGGACGCCCGGCCAUGCCAAGCUCCUCUGUUUCAGGCCGAGGUGAUGCUGCAUGGCUCAGGGUUGACCGUUCAUCCUCCCCUGGACCGAGAUGCAGGUGACAGCCUCUAUGAUCUGGUAGAAGGACUCAUUGAAGUUGUCUUCAAGACUUCUGAGCACAUCAGCAGAGUGGCUGCUCACCUUAGCUCCGAGAGCUAUCAGGAUGUAUUGGGUGGCGUGUUAAAACUGCUAACCAUGAAAACUAAAAUAAUGGAACAAGUAGAUGAAGUGCUGAAGAAAGUGAGGACUUAUCAGAUGAAGUUUGAUUUCUACAACCAUCUGUGGGAAGAUGACCGAGCAGAGUGUCUCCGGCAGUUCCUGAGAUAUGGACGUGUUCUCACAGCCGAGGAGCUGGAAGCCAGCAGAGCAGGUCUCCUCACUGAAAACCCUCCUGCAACCAACAACUUCAAAGAACAGAUUGAUUAUUAUGAAAACCUGUGUGCUGAAGUUUCCCAGCUGGAAGACUUUCAAGUGUUUGAUGGAUGGCUCCGGGUGGAUAUCAAGUUCUUUAAAGCCAGUCUUCAUAACAUCAUAAAAAGGUGGAGCUGGCUUUUCAAAGAGCACCUCCUGACUUAUGUAGCUGACAGUCUGGAUGAAAUGCAGACAUUUCUCCAAGCCACCAUUGGGGGGCUGAACGUUGCUGUUGCUAAAGGGGACCACCAAGGUUUAGUGGACAUCAUGAGUCACCUGUUAGCUGUCAGAGACAGACAAGACAUCACCGACAAGAUGUUUGAGCUUCACAGAGACUCAAUAUGUCUCCUAGAACAUUGUGGUGUGGCAAUACCAGACCACUUAUACUCUCAGAUGGAGGAGCUCCCAGAGAAAUGGAAUGAAGCCAAAAAACUGGCCCAAAAAGUGAGGCAAGAGGUUGCACCCAUGCAGAGUGAAGAAGUGAUGGUUUUGCGGAGACAGUGUACUGAUGUGGAGGUGAAACAAACUAAAUUCAGGGAGAAGUUCAGAGCAACUGCACCCUUCAGCUACAACGCAGUGAACCCCUACGCUAGUCUGGAUGAAUCUGAAAAAGCAGUCCAGGACAUGGAAACAGAAGUGUCAGAGCUCCAAGAGUCCACAAAGCUGUUUGAUGUAACCAUCCCUGACUACAGAGACAUCAAGCUCUGCAGACGAGAAGUCACGGCCCUGAAAGAACUGUGGGACAUUGUGGAAUUUGUGCAGAGCACUGUAGAAACCUGGACCACAACCAGAUGGAGGCAAAUAGACGUGGACCAGAUGGAUGCAGAGUUAAGGAGCUUUGCCAGAGACAUUCGGAAGCUUGACAAAGAUGCUCGCACGUGGGAUGCGUUCACUGAGUUUGAUCUUUAUGUGAAGAACUUGUUGACGUCGCUGUGGGCCGUGAGUCAACUACAGAACCUGGCAAUACGAGAGCGCCACUGGGCGCAGCUAAUUAGAACAACACAGACGAACUUCUCUGUGACGGACGACACCACCCUGGGAGACCUUUUGACACUGCAGCUUCAUCUUUUUGAAGAUGAAGUCCACAAUAUAGUGGAUAAGGCUGUCAAAGAAAUGGCUAUUGAGAAGGUUAUAACAGAAAUAAGCCAAGCAUGGGCAUCAAUGGAGCUGUCGUAUGAAGAACAUUACCAGACCUCGUUGCCACUGCUUAAAUGUGACGAGGAGCUUCUUGAAAGACUCGAGGAUCACCAGAUUCAGCUCCAGAGUGUCUUUCAGAGCAAGCAUGUAGAUCACUUCAUGUUACAGGCAGUGGAGCUACAAAACCAGCUGACUGUGGCAGACUCUGUUCUGGUCAUAUGGAUGGAGGUCCAAAGAUCAUGGGCCUACCUUGAAAGCAUCUUCAAAGGCUUUGAUGACAUUUGCCAACAACUGCCUGCAGAUACACACAGAUUCCGAGUGGUAGAUGCUGAAUUUCAGGAGUUAAUGUCGGACAGCGCCAAGACUAAAAAUGUCAUUGAGGCCACCAACAAACCUUAUCUUUUUGAGAAGUUAGAAGACCUGCAACAAAGGCUGGCCUUAUGUGAAAAGGCUCUUGCCCAAUAUCUGGAGACGAAGAGAAUUGCCUUUCCAAGAUUUUACUUCAUAUCAUCUACAGACUUGUUGGACAUCCUGUCUAAAUGGAGCCGUCCGAGGGAGGUAACUGUCCAUCUAGCAAAACUUUUUGACAGCAUGUCAGAUCUUGAGUUUUCCCAAAGUGAGGAUCUGGAUAAUCCCAAACGUGCCAUCGGGAUGUACAGCAAAGAGAGAGAAUACGUCUCGUUCCAAAAUGAAUGUUUCUGUAACGGACCGGUAGAGACAUGGCUUGGUUCUCUCGAGGAGUCCAUGAAGGAAUCUGUCAGGGGGCACCUCUUUGAUGCUGUAUCCGUGUUUGAGGACAAACCCAGGGAGCAGUGGAUUCUUGAAUUCCCGGCUCAAGUUGCUCUCACUGGAUCACAGAUCUGGUGGAGUAACGACAUGGAGCUUGUGUUUAGAAGACUGGAAGAAGGAUUUGAGUCUGCACUGAAAGACUACAACAAGAAACAGGUUUCCCAACUCAACGUGUUGGUUGGUUUGCUGCUGGGAGAGUUGAGCCCAGGCGACAGACAGAAGAUCAUGACCAUCUGCACUAUUGACGUCCACGCUAGAGAUGUUGUUGCCAACCUCAUUGCUCAAAAGGUCACCACCUCACAGUCCUUCCAGUGGCUUUCCCAGCUUAGACAUUGCUGGAAUGAGCAGCUUCACCACUGCUUUGUCAACAUCUGUGAUGCUCACUUUCUGUACUCAUACGAGUAUGUUGGAAACACAUCGCGUCUGGUCAUCACUCCGCUUACAGACCGAUGCUACAUCACCUUGACUCAAUCACUCCACCUAACUAUGAGCGGCGCCCCAGCAGGCCCAGCUGGAACUGGGAAAACGGAGACAACAAAGGAUCUCGGCAGAGCCAUGGGUGUCAUGGUGUACAUUUUCAACUGCUCUGAACAGAUGGACUACAAGUCAAUUGGAAACAUUUAUAAGGGCCUUGCACAGACUGGAGCAUGGGGCUGCUUUGAUGAGUUCAAUCGUAUUCCAGUGGAUGUUCUGUCCGUCGUUGCAGUGCAGGUCAAAACCAUUCAGGACGCCAUUCGGUCUAAAAAGAAACGGUUCCUUUUCCUCGGCCAGGAGAUUGUUUUAAAACAAUCGGUUGGGAUCUUCAUCACUAUGAACCCAGGCUAUGCAGGCAGGGCGGAGCUACCUGAGAACCUCAAGGCUCUUUUCAGGCCCUGCGCCAUGGUGGUGCCUGACAUUGAGCUGAUUUGUGAGAUAAUGCUGGUGGCAGAGGGCUUCCGUGGUGCUAAGCUGUUAGCCAUGAAGUUUACUACUUUGUACAGUCUCUGCAAAGAACUGCUGUCAAAGCAGGAUCACUAUGACUGGGGUUUACGUGCCAUUAAGUCUGUGCUGGUUCUGGCCGGAGCUCUGAGAAGAAGGGACAAAACAACACCAGAAGAUCAGGUACUGAUGCGUGCGCUGAGGGACUUCAACAUGCCUAAAAUUGUGACUGAGGAUGUCACUGUUUUCCUGGGACUGCUUGGAGACCUUUUCCCAGGCUUGGAGGUGGAGAGAGAAAGAGACUUGGAUUUUGAGAAAGCUGCCAGAGAAACCACGGUAGAGCUCGGGCUGCAGCCGGAGGAGAAUUUUAUCCUCAAGGUUGUGCAGCUGGAGGAGCUCAUGGCAGUGCGUCACUCUGUGUUUGUUGUUGGAAGUGCAGGGACUGGAAAGAGCCAGAUCUUGAGAGUUCUUCAUAAAACACAUGUGAACCUGAAGAGGAAGCCAGUCUGGAAUGACCUCAAUCCAAAAGCAAUAGACAGAGAUGAGCUGUUUGGAUUCAUUCAUCCUGCAACUCGGGAGUGGAAAGAUGGUUUGUUUUCAUCACUGAUGCGAGAGCAGGCAAACAUCUCCCACCUUGGGCCUAAGUGGAUUGUGUUGGAUGGAGACAUUGAUCCGAUGUGGAUUGAAUCACUCAACACAGUGAUGGAUGAUAACAAGGUGCUGACUCUCGCCAGUAACGAGCGAGUUCCACUGACUCCGUCCAUGAGACUGAUAUUUGAAAUCAGUCACCUUAAGAUGGCCACUCCUGCCACAGUAUCUAGAGCAGGAAUCCUUUAUAUCAACCAACAAGACCUUGGCUGGAACCCGUACAUCGCCAGCUGGAUUGACCAACGAGAACGCCAGACAGAAAGGGCUCACCUCACAAUACUGUUUGAGAAAUAUGUUCCACGGUGUCUUGAACAGAUGAAAAACAAAUUCAAAACAAUAACUCCAAUCCCUGAGAACUGUAUGGUGCAGACUCUCUGCACUUUACUCGACUGCCUUCUAACGCCAGAAAAUAUUCCAGCCGAGUCCCCGCGGGAGAUCUACGAGACAUAUUUCACUUUUGCCUGCAUCUGGGCGUUUGGUGGAGCGCUUUGUCAAGAUCAGCUGCAUGACUAUCGGGUGGAGUUCAGUCAGUGGUGGACCAAAGAAAUGAAGACCGUGAAGCUGCCAGCACAAGGGACAGUGUUUGACUACUACCUGGACCAUCAAAGCAGACGCUUUCUGCCGUGGAGUGACGUUGUGCCGCGGUUUGAGAUGGAAACUUCCACGCCACUACAGGCUGUUCUGGUACACACAGCAGAAACGGUGCGUCUCUGGUACUUCAUGGACUUGUUGCUGGAGAGGAGACAGCCAGUGAUGCUUGUGGGGAAUGCUGGAGUGGGAAAGACUGCACUUGUCAGGAACAAGUUAGCCUCUCUUCCAGAGAGUUACACAACCUCAAAAGUACCCUUCAGCUACUACACUACGUCCCUCAUGUUGCAAGAGAUCCUAGAGCGGACACUAGAGAAAAGAACAGGCAGAAGCUACUUCCCUGUGGGCAACAAGAGGCUGGUCUACUUUAUAGAUGACAUGAACAUACCUGCUGUGGACAACUAUGGAACUGUGCAGCCUCAUGCUCUCAUACGCCAACAUCUGGAUUAUGGGCACUGGUUCUGCAGACAAAAACUGACUUUAAAGGAGGUUCAAAACACCCAGUAUGUUGCCUGCAUGAACCCAACCGCUGGGAGCUUCAACAUCAACCCCCGGUUACAGAGACAUUUUUCUGUGUUUGCUGUAAACUUUCCUUCGGUGGAUGCUCAGAGAUCCAUCUACAGUCAGAUCCUGUGUGGCCAUUUGAAGCAGCAGCAUUUCGGUCCGCUGGUCCAGGGAAGCGCUGCAGCUGUUGUCCAAGCUCUCACUGCUCUUCAUCACAAGAUGGCGCAAACUUUUCUGCCUACAGCGAUUAAAUUUCACUACACGUUCAAUCUGCGGGACAUAUCUAAUGUGUUACAGGGAAUUCUUUUACCUGGACCCGAGACUAUGAGGGAAAGCACUGACUUGGCGAUGCUGUGGCUCCACGAGUCCUGCAGAGUAUACUCUGACAGACUGGUAGAUGCACAGGACCUCCAGCUUUUCCAGAAGCUCCAGAUGGAGACCGUGCAUGAAUGCUUUGAGGAACUAGAGGACAGUAAGCUGAACAAACAGCCCCUCCUCUAUUGCCACUUGGCUCACAUGGGUGAGGGACUCUCCUAUGUCCCCAUCACCAGCUGGUCUUCACUCAGGGGUGUCCUCACAGAUGCCUUAGAAAGCUACAAUGAGCUCCAUCCAGCCAUGAAUCUAGUGCUGUUUGAAGAUGCUUUGCAACAUGUGUGUCGCAUCAGUCGUAUCCUGGAGGCCCCACGGAGCCAUGCCUUACUGGUUGGAGUGGGAGGAAGUGGAAAGCAGAGCCUGACUCGCCUGGCUGCCUACAUCUCCUGUGUAGGAAUCUUUCAAAUCACUCUGAGAAAAGGCUACGGCAUCCAGGACCUCAAGGUGGAUCUGGCACAACUGCUGCUAGAGGCUGGAGUGAAGAAUAAGCGUGUGGCUUUGCUCCUGAGUGAUGCACAAAUACCCGAUGAGCGGUUUCUGGUCGUUAUCAAUCACUUACUAGCAUCAGGUGAAAUCCCAGAGAUCUUCAGUGAGGAGGAGAUCGAUGGUAUCGUAUCUGCUGUGAGAGCUGAGGUGCGAGGCCUUGGACUGCUGGACAGCAGGGACAACUGCUGGAGGUUCUUUACAAACCGAGUGCAACUACAACUUACGGUGGUGCUGUGCUUGUCUCCUGUGGGCAGCGCCCUGCGCGUCAGAGCCCGACAGUUUCCGGCCCUCGUGAACUGCACUACCAUCGACUGGUUUCACCCUUGGAGAGCUGAAGCGUUGCAGUCGGUCAGCUACAGGUUCAUCCAGGAGAUGGAGGGCAUUGAGCCUGCUGUCCAGGAAUCCAUCAGUCUUUUCAUGGCCCACGUUCACACCAGUGUCAACCUGGCAAGUGAAAAAUACCUGCAAAAUGAGAAGAGGUACAAUUACACCACCCCCAGGAGCUUUCUCCAGCAAAUCACCCUGUACAGAACGCUUCUGGAGAAAAGCCGAGCUCAGCUUCAGCAUCAGAUGAACCGGCUUGACAACGGCCUUCAGAAACUACAGACCACUGCUACUCAGGUUGAGGAUCUAAAAGCCAAAUUAGCAUCACAAGAAGCAGAUCUAAACUUGAAAAAUGGAAACACUGAAGCUCUGCUGGUGAAGAUCGGACUGCAGAGUGAGAAGGUUAGCCAGAAGAGAGAGGCUGCAGAUGUUGAAGCACAAAAGGUUGCUGCCAUGCAGGCAGAAAUCGCUGUAAAACAGAAGGACUGUGAGAGUGACCUAGCCAAGGCCGAGCCGUCGCUGACAGCUGCAGUGGAGGCGCUGAACACCCUCAACAAGGUGAAUCUUACCGAGUUGAAGGCAUUUCCAAACCCCCCAGCAGCAGUAAUCAACGUUGCAGCAGCUGUGAUGGUCCUGCUGGCCCCACAUGGUCGUGUGCCGAAGGAUCGGAGCUGGAAGGCGGCACGGGCCUUCAUGGGCAAGGUGGAUGAUUUCCUGCAAGCCCUUGUGUCAUACGACAAAGAACACAUCCCAGAGUCUUGUCUGGCUGUGGUGAAGCAACAGUAUCUAAAAAAUCCAGACUUCCACCCUGAUCUGGUUUGGACCAAAUCCACAGCUGCAGCGGGACUUUGUGCCUGGACUAUCAAUAUUGUCAGAUAUUAUGAGAUUUAUUGUGAAGUUACUCCAAAAAGGCAGGCAUUAUCACAAGCUAAUGCAGAAUUAGAAAUGGCAACAACCAAAAUGUUGGCAGUUCAAAAGAAACUGGCGGACCUCGACGCCAUCCUCCAGAGUCUAACUGCUCAGUUUGAGCGAGCCACAGCUGAGAAGAUCUGUUGUCAGGAGGAGGUGACGCGAACCACCCAGACCAUAGAGCUGGCCAACCGACUAGUUAAAGGCUUAGUGUCAGAGAAGGAACGCUGGUCCCAGGCAAUCGUCCAGUAUGAAAAACAACGGGAAACCUUAUGUGGCGACAUCCUGGUCACUUCAGCCUUUGUCUCGUACAUGGGUUACUUUACCAGCCAGUAUCGAGAAGAGCUUCUGAAAAAUGUUUGGAUUCCUUUUCUUCAGUCUCAGAAAGUCUCUGUGCCCCUGACAGACGGCCUGGAUCCAGUCCUCGUGCUUACAGAUGAUGCCACCAUAGCUGCCUGGUAUAACCAGGGCUUGCCAAAUGAUAGGAUGUCAACUGAAAAUGCAGCCAUCCUGACCACCAGUGAGCGUUGGCCACUAAUCAUUGACCCACAGCAGCAGGGCGUCAAGUGGAUCAGAAAACAAUUUGGGCCAGAGCUGAAGGUGGUGCAGCUUGGACAGAAAAGGUAUCUUGAUGUGAUUGAACGGGCUCUCGCUUGUGGCGACCCAGUACUGAUCGAGAACCUUCCAGAGAAGAUAGACCCAGUUCUGGAGCCUUUACUUGGAAAAAGAACAAUUAAAAAAGGAAGGUAUAUUCUUCUGGGGGGGAAGGAGUGCGAGUACACAAGCAGCUUUCGGCUCAUUCUACACACUAAGUUGGCUAAUCCUCACUUCCCUCCGGAGCUCCAGGCCCAGACUACCCUCAUUAACUUCACAGUGACUCCUGUGGGCCUGGAGGAGCAGCUUCUGGGUCAGGUAGUGUCCAAAGAAAGGCCUGAUCUGGAGGCUCUAAAGAUGCAGCUGACCACACAGCAGAACCACUUCAAGAUUGAGCUGAAGAGGUUUGAAGAUGACCUGCUGAGUCAUCUUUCUGCAGCCUGUGGUAAUUUUCUAAGUGAUAAUUCCCUGGUGGAGCAGCUUGAAAACACCAAGAGCAUGGCCGCUCACAUACAGUGCAAGGUGGUGGAGGCCAGAGAGAACGAGACAAAGAUCAACGAGGCUCGAGAACUAUACCGCCCAGCAGCUGAGAGAGCGUCGCUCCUCUUUUUUAUCAUCAAUGACCUCAGCAAGAUUAACCUCAUGUACCAGUUUUCACUCAAGGCCUUUAACUCGGUGUUUAACAAAGCCAUGGAGCGUGCAGAAUGGGAUGAGGAUGUGAGGACCAGAGUGCAAACCCUCACUGAGGCCAUCACCUAUUCUGUAUUCCUGUACACCAGCCAGGGCCUGUUUGAGAGAGACAAGUUAACCUUCUUGUCACACACUGCCUUCCAGAUUCUGCUCAGCCAGAAUCUGAUCGAUGAUCAGGAUUUUGACUUCCUGUUACGCUUUCCUGUGGAAACGUCCAGAGUUAGUGCCGUUCCCUUCCUCUCUCCACACAGCUGGGGUGCCAUUAAGACCAUUUCUACCAUGGAGGACUUCAGUGGACUCAACAAAGACAUGGAAAGCUCACAGAAGCGCUGGAGGAAGAUUGUUGAGUCCAGCAGUCCUGAAAAUGAAAAGCUUCCUCAGGACUGGAAGAACAAGACCUCUCUGCAGAAGCUCAUAAUCCUGAGAGCGCUCCGACCAGACAGAAUGACUUAUGCACUGAAAAAGUUUGUUGAAGACAGCAUGGGGACCAGGUAUGUGGAGACAGUCAGGUUGGAGUUUGAAAAGUUGUAUGAGGACAGUGGUCCCUCAACCCCCAUGUUCUUCAUCCUCUCACCUGGAGUGGAUCCUCUCAGGGAUGUGGAGAAACUCGGUUUAAAGCUGGGGUUUUCUAUUGACCAGGGGACUUUACACAAUGUGUCCCUGGGACAGGGACAGGAGGAGGUGGCUGAGAGGGUUCUCACUGUUGCCUCCAAAGAGGGACACUGGGUCAUUUUGCAGAACGUGCACCUUGUGGCCCGCUGGCUGCCGUCACUGGACAUCCUCCUGGAGACGGCGGCGGUGGCCAGUCACCCCAGCUACAGGGUGUUCAUCACUGGAGAACCAAGUCACAGCUCUGAGCAGCAUGUGAUCCCCCGGGGUUUACUGGAGAACGCCAUCAAGAUCACAAACGAGCCACCCUCAGGCAUGAACCCCAGUUUGCACGCUGCUCUGAACAACUUCAACCAGGACACUCUGGACAUGUGCUCCAGAGAACAGGAGUUCAACUCCAUGUUGUUCUCCCUCUGCUUCUUCCACGCUUGUGUAACAGAGCGCCGUAAAUUUGGUCCUCAAGGCUGGAACCACACCUACCCCUUCAGCACAGGAGACCUCACGAUCUCAGCCAACGUGUUGUUCAACUACCUGGAGGCCAACACCAAAUCCAUGCAGGUGCCCUGGGAGGAUCUGUGCUAUCUUUUUGGAGAGAUCAUGUAUGGGGGUCACAUCACUGACGACUGGGACAGAAGACUCUGUAAAACCUACCUGCAAGAGUGCAUGCAUCCCAGAAUGUUUGUGGCGGAGCUCUUUCUGUGUCCAGGAUUCUUGUCUCCCUCCUUUCUGGACUACAGCGGCUAUCAUAGAUACAUAGAUGAGCAUCUCCCCUGUGAGAACCCGACUUUGUACGGCCUCCACCCCAACGCUGAGCUGGAGUGCCUCACUGUUACCUCAGAAACCCUCUUCAAGACUCUGCUGGAACUGCAGCCCCGGGACUCCAGCAGAGGGGACGAGGCGGCUCAGAGCUCAGAGGAGAAGGUUCUGUCUAUAAUUGACGAGGUUCUGGAGAAGGUCCCGGAUGAGUACAACAUGUCAGAGAUGAUGACAAAGACAGCAGACCGAAGCCCUUACACCUUAGUGUGUUUUCAGGAGUGUGAACGAAUGAAUCUUCUGCUGGCAGAGAUAAGAAGGUCUCUGAGUGAGCUGCAGCUGGGCCUGAAGGGAGAACUCACCAUUUCCUCCAACAUGGAGGCUCUGCUGUCCUCACUCUUCAGCGACUCAGUCCCAGAGUCCUGGUCUAGACUGGCCUAUCCCUCCACCAAAACUCUCACUCAGUGGUUGAGUGACCUGAUGGCCAGCUGCCACGAGCUGGACAGCUGGACUCAGGACUUUGUUCUGCCUGCAGUUGUUUGGAUUUCUGGGCUCUUCAACCCACAGUCCUUCCUCACUGCUGUGCUGCAGAGUAUUGCCCGUAAGAACCAGUGGCCCCUGGACAAGAUGACUCUGACUGUGGAUGUCACCAAGAAAAUGAAAGAUGACUUUGGCCAUCCUCCGAGAGAGGGCGCCUACAUCCAUGGACUCUUCAUGGAAGGAGCACGUUGGGACGUUCAGUCUGCCGUCAUCACUGAAGCCGUCUUGAGAGAUCUGACCCCGGCCAUGCCAGUGCUGUAUGUCAGAGCUGUUCCUGCAGAAGAACAAGAGCUGAAGAACACGUACAAGUGCCCGGUGUACCGAACCAAGCAGCGCGGGUCCACAUACGUGUCAGCUUUCCACCUCCGAACCAAACAACCCCCAGCCAAGUGGGUUCUGGCAGGAGUAGCGUUGCUCCUGUCGGUGUGACAGUCAGGAUGGUGCUGUGGCUCGUUUUUUAUGUUGAGAAUGUUGUUGGAAAUCCACUCUUACAGCGGGAACGCGAACAUUUGAGCAGCCUUGCUAAUCUUCAGGAUUUUCCUUUAUAAACCGUUAGUUGUUAAGAUAAAAACAUUCAGUUACAUAUAUCACAUAGGAGACACGCACAGAAGAGAAACCGAGUUUAUAGGAUUUACAGAAAAUGUGCAAUAAUGCUUGUCUUUGCGAAGUGCCUUGAGCCGACUCCCGUCGUCAUUUCAACUCAAUUGAAUCUCAAUUGUUAAAACAAAAUUAGACAGGUGCAUAAAUUUGGUUACCUUAAAAAAUAAAUAACUCAUUAUUUAGUAGAACCUCCUUUUGCUGAAACAGCAGCCUCUAAACACUUCCUAGAGCUUCCAGUGAGAGUCUGGAUUCUGGGUGAAGGUAUUCUGGACUAUUCUUCUUCACAAAACAUCUCUAGUUCAUUCAGGUUGGAUGGCUUCCAUCAGCUCUCUUUAACUCACACCACAGAUUGUCAAUAAUAUUCAGGUCUGGGGACUGAGAGGGCCAUUCCAGAACGUUGUACUUGUUCCCCUGCAUGAAUGCCUUAGUAGAUACUGAACAGUGUUUAGGGUCGUUGUCUUGUUUAAAGAUCUAGCCACGGUGCAGCUUCAGCUUUGUCACUGAUUCCUGGACAUUGGUCUCCAGAAUCUGCUGAUAUUGGGUUGAAUCCAUGUGUUCCUCAACUUUAACAAUAUUCCCAUUCCCUGCUCUGACCACACAGCCCACAGCAUGAUGGAACCACCACCAUGCUUUACUGUAGGUAGCAGGUGUUUUCCUUGGAGUUCUGUGUUCUGUUUCCUCCAUGCAUAACGACCCUUGUUAUGCCCAAAUAACCCAAUUUUAGUUUAAUUAGUUCUCAGCACCUGAUUCCAAAAUGAAGCUGGCUUGUCCAGAUGUGCUUUAGCAAACCUCAAGCUGCUCUGGUUGUGCUGUGGGUGGAGAAAAGGCUUCCUCUGCAUCACUCUCACAUGCAGCAUCUCCUUGUGUAAAGUGCGCUGAAUAGUUGAACGAUGCCCAGUGACUCCAUCUGCAGCAAGAUGAUGUUGUAGGUCUCUGGUGCUGCUCUGUGGGUUGACUCUGACUAUUCUCACCAUUCUUCACCUCUGUUUACCAGAGAUGUUUCUUGUUCUGCCACUUCGAGCCUUCACUUGAACCGUGGUCUUCCAUUUCCUCAGCAUGUUCCUAACUGUGGAAACAGACAGCUGAAACCUCUGAGACAGCUUCCUGUCUCCUUCCUCUAAACCAUGAUGGUGAACCAUCUUAGUUUUCAGGUCAUUAGUUGUUUAGAGACCUCCAUGUUGCUACUCUUCAGAGAAUAUUCAAAGAGGAGGGAAACUUACAACUGACCCCCUUAAAUACUCUUUCUCAUAACUGGAUUUACCUGUUUGUGGAGGUCAAGGGUCACUGAGCUUACCAAACCAAAUUUGAAUUCCAAUAAUUAGUUCUAAAGAUUUUGGAAUCAAUAAAAUGAUGCCCACAUUUAUGCGCCUGCCUAAUUUUGUUUAAAUAACUUUCUGGACUUUCUGUAAAUCCUAUAAAUGUGAUUUCUGUUCUCAGACAUCACCGUGUGUCUUCUAUAUGAUAAAUUUAACAGAAACAUUUUAUCGUAACAACCAACGAUUUAUACAGGAAAUCCAUGAAGAUUAACAAGGCUGCCUAAACGUUCCCAUCCCGCCGUUCCAGUAGAUUAUGUAACACUAUAACUAUAUGAACUAUAAUGAAUGUUUCUUAGUUAAAUUCCACAUUAGCAUGAUUAAAUAUCCAGAAGUGGUGCAGAUACGUUAGUAUAGAUAUCAGUCAGACCUGUUGUGUCUGCGUCCGGCGCUGUUGUGAGUCCCCUCCAGCCUAUGAUUUGUUGGGAGCCUAUGUCUCCAUUUAAGACCAUGUAAUUUUGGAUAGGGAGCAUAUUUUAUUGGAAGGUCAAGAUUAAAAAAGCUCUCCUGCUGCCCUCUGCACACUGAAUGAUACACAAUGCUGUCUGGAGGUUCCUGGGACCAAAUUCCCAGGAGAUGAUGUGCAUGCUUGCUAUUGACUUUUAAAUGAGGUGCAUUUGACAUUGACCUUUUGUACGGCAGAGGCAGAAUACUAACAGACUAGUGUAAUUCAUUCAGCCGGGCCUGUUGGAGAAAGCCAUUCAAACACACUGAUAGCUUUGUAUGAGAAAGCAACACAUUAGAUUAUCCAUCCUUUAUCGGUCUUCUCUGUCUGUUAGCAUCUGAUUACCUUCAUCUGUAGCACAUGGAACCUUUAACUCAGAAUGAAUGUAGGGAAAGCCGUUUUAUCUAAAAUGUUAUCUUUUUUAUGCAGUUUGAGGUUAAUUGAAAAGUGGGAAGAUGUUCAGAUGAAGAGAAUUGUGUCUUUUAUCAGCCGCGAAUCAUUUAGCAUGAAAAAGAAACAAAAGAUUAGAGAACUGCGAGGAAAACUGGUGAUUCAUUUAGUACUUUUAAUAAAACUGUGUGAACUUCUC